CCUCCCUUGGGAACACUGAUCCCAUCGGUUAUUUUUAGCGUCCCUCUCCCAGCGGUCGCAGUGGCUGGUUUCUCCCUCCAGCCCUGGAUCCCCCAAGGCAAAGCGCAUUCCCGGCGGGACCGGCCGCCCUCCUGCACAGGAGGAUGGGCGAGGCGGUGGCGCGGGUGGCCAGGAAGGUGAACGACACGGUGGAGAACAAAGCGGAUUCCCUGGAUCUGGCCAACUGCAAGCUGAUGACCUUCCCUGUUGGAGUCUACAAAGCCAUGAGGAGCGUCACCGAGGGCAUCCAUCGCAUCUCCCUGGCCAACAAUGAGCUCAAGUCCAUCACCAGCCGAUUUGUCACCACCUUCAGCCAGCUGAGAGAGCUCAACCUGGCAGGCAAUUACCUGCACCGCCUGCCCGAGGAAAUCACCUCCCUGCUGCACCUCAGGGCCAUCGACCUCUCCCGCAACCGGUUCCGGCGCUUCCCGGAGCCCCUGGCCACCGUCCCCGCCCUGGAGAUCAUCGACCUGGAAGAGAACGAGAUCGCAGAGGUGCCCACGGACAAACUGGCCUCCAUGGCGCUGCUGCGGAGCCUCAACCUGCGAGCCAACCCCGUGGGCCCCGAGGUGCGCCUGCUGGUCCGGCCCCUGGUUCCCUUCGAGCUGCUGCUGUCUCCAGAGGAGCCCAUCCAUCCCUGAAUCCUGACAGCAUCCCAGUGUGCCGGCGCUGUCCCUGCCCACCGCAGGGGUUUGGCUGGGCUCAGAGCCUGCUGCACCCCCGGUUCUGCCCCCGGGCGGGUCCCAAACCCCAGCCUGUGCCUCGUUUUUCCUGAAUUAGAAGCCAGCAGCACGGCUCCCCCGUGGAGGGAUGGCUAUGCCAGAUCCCCAGCCGGGCAAUCUCCUGCUUAUGCGUUUUGGGGGUGCAGAGGAGCUGUGACACACGUGGUGGGAGGUUUGGGUAGAGCUGGGGGAUCUGGAUGUGCACCCUCCCACCUGAGAGCACCGGGAUGGUGGAGGAGAUCCCUGCAGCUAUCAGGGCUCUCCCUGGAAUUGCUGACACGGUGGUGGUGUGCCAAGUGCCUGAUUAAAUGCUUUCCUGUUA